AUGGAUGAGGCAGGAUCAUCUGUCAGUCAGCCUCUAAGUCGCUCAGUCAAUGGCGAUAUCAGCAGAAACAAGCGUAACAGUGCUGUGUACCUGCUGCAUUCUAAUAUCUGUCUAAAAGCUUUCAACAAGACUCGAUCGGCAUAUGGCGUUUUUCUUUUUACGGAUGAUUUUUUCUCGGAUAUUGACACAAAGUGUAUGUCAUCUGAUAUGGCCAAGGACUGUCGAUUGUCGAUGAAGACUGCCUUGUCAAUAUUCAAGAGUACGUAUUUUGUGGAAAAGAACCUCGUUUCUUGUACGCUUACUGUAGAUAUUUUUGGUCGUGAGCUUCAUAUUGAUUUCCAGCAUUCAUGUGACGUUUCUCGAUUAUUCGAUGUAAAUGUGAUGGAAAAGCACAAGCCGUUUACUUCUGAUAUCAGCAAGAGCGAUUUGUGCAAUGUGGUCACCGUCAAUGCUUUGUGUCCAAAGGAUGUACCUCAUACCCUGAUGAUGAAGAUCGGAGCACAGCUGAGUAGGUCACCAUCUAGUCGCCUUUCCUUAAGUAUGAAUGGCAAAGAGAGGGAAGACGAAAAGGAGGGGGCUGUAAUCACAAUGGGCGAGGGAUUCAGUGAGGUCUUCGCUGAGAUCGCCGCUUUCAUCAAUGACAUGCACUCUGGAUAUGAAGAGCUGUUGAUGAGUGUACAAAACGACAAAAUCAUCUUUAAAAAUUUUGUACAAUUUUCAGCCAUAAUUAUGUUUGCUCGUCAACAUGCCUGUGAUGUCAAUUUGUUUUUUGACAAGCCUGGGAGGCCAUUGAUAGUGGCAGUUGAAAGCGAUGCCGGAUAUUCAGCAGAAUUUAUCAUCGCUACAAUGGAUGGCGAUGAUAUAUCGGAUGAAGGUUCUUUGGGACCGACCCAAGAACCGUCUCAUCCAGUGGAGACCUCGGCAAGGCUGAGUCAGGAAACUGAGAGAUCUUUACAAAUCCUAAACGACCAAGAUCGAGAAGCCAGUCAGCAGACUAGUCAAACUUCCUCCAACAGCGCUUCAACCCAAAUAAAUGAGUCUCUUCCGAAAAGAGUCACCAAUGAACCUGAAGAUGAGUCGAUGGUGAAUGCUGAUCAUAAUGAAAGCCAAGCAUUGGUUGAUUACAUGAUCAUGGACGACCUCGUAUUGGGAGGUGAAACGGCCCCUGAAGUUGCUGCUGAACCUGUUGCAGAGGUGGUUACGUCUGAAAGACCUGCCAAUAUGAAGAAUGGUGUGAAUGUCAAGUUUCAACAUCGUUUUCUCGGGCUGGACACCAGAACACAACACCAAAGCCAAGCUGCAGCCGCUGGUAAUCCGAUUGUCGAACCCACCCAGCUGCCACCAUCAUGA